AUGAAGCACAAAGGAACUGGUACAACAGAGCCACCUGAGGAUCAGCCUCCACCACCCUAUGAGGCAGUACCUCAAGACAUACAGGGAAUUCGUGUCAACAAUGAUGGUCGCAUUUCAAUCGACGCGAGCUCUCGGCUUUGCAAGACUCUGUCCAAACUAAUCCCGAAUGUUCCACGCCAAAGCUUGCCUCCACCAAGCUAUGAGGACUUGGUCCCGACACCUGGAUUCAAUCUCAAUAUCGUUAUUCAAAUUGUUGGCAGUAGAGGAGACGUUCAACCUUUUAUUGCAUUAGGUACGGAGCUACAAAGAACCGGCCAUCGAGUCCGGAUCGCCACACAUAAUGUUUUCGAGCAGUUUGUGGCUCAAGCGGGGCUCGAAUUUUACCCCAUCGGUGGCAAUCCUGCUGAUAUGAUGGCAUACAUGGUCAAAAAUCCCGGUCUGAUCCCCAGUAUGAAUAGUCUGCGAGGGGGCGACAUCCAAAAGAACCGUCUGAUGAUGGCAGAGAUCCUUCAUGGGUGCUGGAGUGCAUGUCUGAUGCCUGAUCCAGUUACAAAUGCUCCAUUUGUUGCAAACGCAAUUAUUGCUAAUCCACCUAGCUUUGCACAUGUGCAUUGCGCUCAAGCCCUCGGUAUACCGCUCCACUUGAUGUUUACAAUGCCAUGGACUGCAACACGAGCUUUUCCGCAUCCCUUGGCAAAUUUGUUCAAUAUCCCUCCUGAUCAAGACUGGAUCAACCGCGUCUCUUAUUCAGUGGUGGAUUGGCUAUCUUGGCAAGGUCUAGGAGGCGUUAUCAACGAUUGGCGCAUACAUGAAUUAGGAUUAGAGCCUAUAUCCCUAUCUGAUGGUCCCUUUCUCCUCAGAACCCUUCAAAUCCCCUAUACAUACUGCUGGUCUCCUGGCCUUGUUCCCAAGCCAGAUGACUGGCCUGAAAAUUCAGAUGUUUGCGGUUUUUUCUUCCGUGAUCCCCCGGAUUAUGAGCCUACCUCUGAGGUCGCUGCAUUCCUCAACGCCGGACCGCCUCCGAUUUACAUCGGAUUUGGGAGCAUUGUUAUCGAUGAACCAGAUAAAAUGAUAGAGAUCCUUCUACAAGCGAUCCUCGAGACGGGUGUCCGAGCAAUCAUUUCACGUGGAUGGAGUAAUCUGAGUGGGCCAGCCUUACCUCAUAUACUUUACUUAGAUGAUUGCCCACAUGAAUGGUUGUUUCAACAUGUCAGCGCAGUUGUACAUCAUGGUGGUGCUGGCACAACGGCCUGCGGGCUGCGAAAUGGCAAACCGACAGUCAUCGUGCCUUUCUUCGGCGAUCAACCAUUCUGGGGAGAUAUGAUUUCAGCAGCUCGGGCUGGGCCAGAUCCUAUCCCUCAUAAGCAGUUGAAUAUAUCGAGACUGGUUCAGGCAUUUCGCUAUUGUCUGACACCUCAAGCAAUUCGCGCAGCGCAAGUUAUCGCUAGCGGAAUGCAACAAGAGGAUGGAGUCAAGGCAGCCGUAGCGUCAUUUCACAAACAUCUCCCACGUCUUGUUGCAUGUGAGCUUCUGCCACAGCUUCCUGCAUCUUGGAAAUGCAAAAAGGGCAAAAAAAGGUACUACUUAUCCAAGGUUGCUGCAGAGAUUCUUGUUGAAAACAAUCUACUGGACGUGAAGAAAUUGAAGCCAUACCAGCCAAGCCCUAUUUAUAUCGAAAAGAAACGCUGGGACCCGGUUACCGGAGUUUACUCUGCUGGUUUAGGGAUGACUUUUGACAUGCUCAAAGCAGGAGGUGACAUCAUCUACAAGCCCUAUGAAGUCUACAAGGGAGGUAGCAGCAAUCCUUCAUCGUCAAGCCACUCGCAGAAGAACUCGCCCCAGCUGCUUUCGCCAGUACCUUCCACUCCUGGAGACAAUUUCUCAUUACUUCGAAAAGCUCGAUCCAUGAACGAUUUGACAGAUACGGAUAGGUUGGAGCCCAAAGAGAAAGGCAAAGCUCUUGCGAUGGCUUCAGCCUCGGCUCAAGCCUCUCGCAAAUUUCUAGGGAGGUUUGUAUCUGGCACCUUAGUCGAUCUACCAUUAGCCGCUGCCGAGGGCUUUCGCGUGCUUCCCGGUCUAUAUGGAGACAAAGUUCAUGAAAAUGAGAGAGUCAAGGACUGGAAGUCUGGAGUAUUAGCAGGUGCCAAAACAUUCGCGGUUGGAAUGGCUGAAAGCUUAGUUGAUCCGUUGUAUCAGCCUUAUAAGGGUGCUAGAGAUGGGGGCGCUCUGGGCUUUGCCGGUGGAAUCUUCAAAGGAACGUUUGGAGUGCUUGCUAAGAUGGGUCACGCUGGCGUUGGUCUUGUCGCAUACCCUGGGCAGGGUAUUAAGCGCAGCAUUCAAGCUGCCUUUAAUGACAGUACUCGAACGGGCAUAGUGACAUCUAUGCAUGAGGAAGGUCAAGACUUGCUUCGGCAAUGGAGGGUGAGAGGCUUACAGGAUGGCAUAAUUAUUGAGAAAUUUCUUCGCAUGGGUGAUAAGGACGACUCGGGAGAUGAUAGUGAUUAUGUAUGA